AUGCACGAAGCCUCUCGGCCCGCCAUCUACCCCCGGUACUGCUUCCACCUGUCGCCGACGGUCAAUACCUGGUGUCUGCUGCGCGCGUCCGAGAUUCACCUUCUCGAGCAACACGCCGGCUUUCAAGGAGAAAACUUCUUCUUCUACCAGAAUCUACCGAUCAAAUGGGUGCGCAUAGUCGGCGUCGUUGUUGCCGUCGAGGACUUUGCUGGUCCCGGCAAGAACUCUACCAGUCGACGCGUGUACACCGUGGAUGACAGCAGCGGGGCUUGCAUCGAGGCUCUGCUUCUCGUGCCGGCAGAGACGGACAAGCCCGGAGGCAUGGCGGACAAGAAGGGACUCCAGGUGUCGCCGCCCUACCAAGACCUUGACGUUGGUGCCGUGGUCGACAUCAAAGGCGGUCUAUCGACCUUCAGAGGCGAAAAACAAAUCAAUAUUGAGAAGACGGUCUGCUUGAGAGGCACUGCGCAGGAGGUGGCUCUGUGGGAAAAGAGAGACAAAUUCCGCCGAGACGUGCUCGACAAGCCGUGGGUGCUUCGAGACCGCGACGUUCGCAGAUGCCGCAAAGAGGCGGAGAAAAGCGAGGCGGGCGCCGAGCGCAAGAGGAAACGCCUCGAGGCCAUGACAACGGUGCGGAGUGCUGGGAAGCAGGCGGCCGAGACGAAGGCGAAGAACAAUGUGGCUGGCAAUCUACGAGGCAUGAUCCGCGGCGGGGCCAUGACGGGCAAGUAUGACGCUCUGGGGCUAUGA